AUGGACGACCAAGUACCCACUUUUUUAGCAGUGACAGGCGUUGAAGAUGAAUCUGUGGCAACGCAAUUUUUAGAUGUGGCUGGAGGCGAUUUAGAAUUGGCAGUGACAUUAUAUAUGGAAUCUGGCCAACAUGGAGGAGCUAGUACAAAUAAUGGAAGUCAUAAUAAUAGCAGUAACAACAACAAUAGCAUUGGCCACGGCCACGAUGAUGAUGAAGCGUAUGCCAAACAACUACAAGAAGAAGCAUAUGGUGCAGCAGGUAACGAUGUUCGUGAGGCUGAUGCAAAUGUGCAUCGACAUGAAACGUUAGUCGAUUCGUUCCCAGGGUUUGGAGGUGGUAUGAUGGGUCAAAUGCCACGUCCACCAAAUAUAUUUGGCCACAGACAACAAGGUAUAUUCCACCAAGGUUUUGGAUUUGGUAAUAGAAGUGUCAAUGCAUACAACGCAUACGAUGAUGAUAUUGAUGAUGAUUAUGACGAUGAUCGGAUGGAUGAAGACUACACUGACGCAAGAGAUGUAGGCAACGAUGUACAGAUCUUAGAUUCUGAUGAAGAUGGGGAUGAUGAUAUUGAAGAGGUUAUUAGAAGUCAUAGUGGAGUUGCUGGUGGGCGCAGGAGGCGACUUAGACAGGAACGUGAUUCUGAGUUAACUUCAACUCAACGAAGACUAGCCAAUUUGUUUAGACCACCAUUUGAUAUCAUUAGUGUCUUGACAUUAGACCAAGCUAGAACCAGAGCCAAAGAGGAAAACAAAUGGAUUUUAAUCAAUAUACAAGACUCAUCAGAGUUUCAAUCACAAGUAUUCAAUCGUGAUUUCUGGUCCAAUACGAGAAUUAAACAAGUGGUGAAAGAAAAUUUCAUCUUUUUGCAAUAUCAACGUGACUCAUAUGAUGGCGAGUCGUAUGUUAACUUUUAUCAUGUUGAUACGUUUCCUCAUUUGGCGAUAUUGGAUCCUCUCACUGGCGAACGUGUACGGAAAUGGAAAGAUGGUGAAGUGCCCAAUGUCGAGAAUUGGUUAGAAGAGGUGUAUGAUUUCUUGGACAAGUUUUCGUUACAUCCUGGGUCAAAUAACCCUUUGGUACAACACGAGCAAAAGAUUGAUCCUGACAGUUUAAGUGAGGAACAGCAAAUUGAAUUGGCCAUGAAACAAAGUGUUUUGGAUAAUGGAAAGAGUGGGAAGACAUAUGAAGAUGCGAUAGACUUGGCUAGUGAAGAUGAUGAUAGGGAGGAGAAGGAGGACACAAGUGGUGCACCUACAUCCACUGAGCAAGCACCUGAAAGUGAAGAAGAUGUAUUCGAUUCUAUAAACCCAAUAGAUCACAAGGAACCUACAGAACAACCAAUUACGAGAGUGCAAGUACGGUUCCCUAAUGGUAAAAGACUUGUUCGAAAAUUGCGUUUUGAUGAUAAAGUGUUGGUGUUUUUUGAAUGGUUGAAAUUUGUGCUUAAAGAAAAUCCCGAAGAUUAUGGUUUGAGUGGAGAAGAUAGAUUUACACUUUCAAACAGUUCAAACAAGGCCUUUAAGUUUAUUGAAAACUUGGAAACUACGAUUGAAGAAGCCAAUUUGAAGAAUGCAAGUAUAUUGUUAGAAAAGGAGUAA